AUGACAUCCUCCGUCUCUCUCGAGCUGCCGCCGCGCAACAUUGGCUUCGGCCGGCUCUUCCUCGACUCGCAGUUCAUGCACUACGCCAAGUGGCCGCCCAAGUCGACCAACCUGAACGGCCAGACGGCCAUUGUCACGGGCGCGUCGACGGGCCUCGGCCUCGAAGCGUCGCGCCAGCUGCUCGCCUUGGGGCUGUCGCGGCUCGUGGUGGCCGUCCGCUCCGUCGACCGAGGCGAGGCCGCCGCCGCGGCGCUGCGCACGUCGUUCCCGCGGGCGCGCAUCGACGUGUGGCAUCUCGAGAUGGAGUCGUACAAGUCGGUGCAGGCGUUUGCCGCGCGCGUGGCGGCCGAGCUGCCGCGGGUCGACGUGGUCCUCCUCAACGCCGGCAUUGUCAGCGAGACGUUCCAGCGGUCGCCCGAGACGGGCCACGAGCGCGUCGUCCAGGUCAACUACCUGUCGACGUUUUUGCUGGCCAUCCUGCUGCUGCCGACGCUCACGGCCCAUGCGCGCUCCCGCACGAGUGGCACCGGGGGCCCCGCGCGCCUGACGAUUGUCAACUCGGGCGUGGCCCUGGGCUCCCAGCACCCCUGGGACGCGACCCGCCCGCUGCUGGCGUCCUUUGACGACACGGCCCGCCAGGCCUGGGACGGCGUCGAGCGCUACUGGUCGUCCAAGCUACUGGGCCAGCUGCUGUUCAUCAAGCUGUUUCCGCUGGUCCGCGCCGACGACGUCGUCUUCAACCUCGUCGAUCCGGGCCUCGUCCGCGGCACGCUGCUGAACCGCGACACCGCGGCACGCGGCAAGGGCCUGGCGCUGGCCCUCUGGCUGGUCAAGGCCGUGACGGGCCGCAGCCUCAAGGCCGGCGGAUCGACGUACGUGGACGCGGCCGUGGUCAGGGGCAAGGAGACGCACGGCUGCUUCAUCAUGGACUGGCAAGUGCGGCCGUUUGCCGACUUUGCAUACACGGCCAAGGGCAAGGAGAACAUAGAGGUGCUGUGGCAGGAGACGCUGGCCGAGUUCAAGUUUGCCGGCGUCGAAGAGAUAUUGGCGUCGCUGAAGAAACCGCAACGCGCGCUCGUCGUCGUCGAUGCCGUGCUCCACAUCGCGGCGGUGCUUCGUCGGCUGCUCCCUGCGCACCACGCUCUGCAUCUCCUCUCCGCCGCCAGCACCGGCACCGUCGGCCGUCCGCACGUCCGUCCCGCCGCCCGUGCCGGCCGACACGAUGUAGUGGCGCAGCGUCAGCUGGUGCGCGUCGCGCAGCAGCACGCGCAGCACGGGGAUCGAGGCGGCCAUGAUGGUGACGGCCGACUCGGCGGCGCCCCAGACGACGAGCGGCAGCAUGACGAAGGUAAAGUCGGCCGACGACAGAGUGGGGAUCUGCGAGGUCUUGACGAUGGCGGUGGCGCCGGCGACGACGCCGAGGCUCAUGGCGACGGCGACGCCGAGCUUCUCGGGGCGGCGCAUCUGCAGCUGCCACACAAUCUUCCACGGCAGCAGCGCCAGCACAAAGUCCAUGACGGCCGAGUAGCCGGCGGCAAAGAUGCCGUAGAUGGGGUAGACCUGCGGUGCCCAGCAGGUGCCGGGCACGGCCGGGUUCCACGUCUUGGCGACGGGCGCGCAGCGCACCCACAGAAACAGCGCGUUGAGGCCCAUGGCCACGUUCAUGCUGCCGAUCGCCAGCCACAGCAGCGCGCGCAGCCGCGGAUGCCCCGACAGCAGCCGCAGCAGCGUCAGCGCAAACGACGUCUUGCUCCAGACGGCGGCCAGGAUCGAGAAGGUGCCCGUCAGGUUGCCGAGCAGGCCCAGCCGGCCAAAGUGCGCCGGGUCGACGUCCCAGACGUGCUGGCCCUCGCCCAGGGCAAUGGACCACGUCGACAGCGCGACCGACGCCGCCAGCGCCGCCCACGCGAGCACCAUGACGUGGUCGUCCCACCAGAGCCGCCGCCGCGUGCAGAGCUUGCAGAGCAGCCGGGCGACCAGGAACGCGAGCGACAGCGCCGCCAGGCACCAGAUGGAGAGCAGCGUCGACCGCCGCUUGUCGUCGUGCGGCAGGUUGGCGUACGCGGCCGGGGGAGGGAUGCCGCCGUCUGUUGCGUUGGACGACAUGCUGAGUGGCGAUGUGAAGAGGGGUGA